CUGUUCCUCCUCUUCCCGUUUCCCCACCUCGCGGAACGAAAAAAGAUCCCCCUAACAAAUCCCUAGCUAAACCCUCCUCCCCGCUGCUCCGUCGCCGCCAUGGUGCUCUCCAAGCCGCUCCUCUCUCGCCUCCUCCCCCUUCCCCUCCGUCUCCGCCCCCAGCUCCGCCUCCUCUGCCUCGCCACUCCAACCCCCACCCCAACCGACGACGCUCAGGCCCCCGCGGACGUGGCCGCGGAGCGCCGCCGCCGCAAGCGCCGCCUCCGCGUGGAGCCCCCGCUCUCCCGAGGCCCGGCGCCGCAGCGCGCCCCGGGGGCGCCCCGCACCGCGUCCAACCCCAACGCGCCCAAGGUCCCCGAGUCGGCCUCGGUGCUUUCGGGUAAGCGCCUCGACCUCCACCGCCGCAUUCUCGCGCUCAUCCGCGAGAAUGACCUCGACGAGGCGGCGCUCCUCACGCGCCACUCCAUCUACUCCAACUGCCGCCCCACCGUCUUCACCUGCAACGCCGUCCUCGCCGCGCUGCUCCGCCAGGCGCGCUACGCCGACCUCCUCUCGCUCCACCGCUUCGUCACUCAGGCUUCCGUCGCGCCCACCGUCGCCACCUACAACCUCCUCCUCCAGGCGUACUGCGACUGCCGCCGCCCCGACGCCGCGCUCGAGCACUUCCGCCUCCUCCUCAAGGACGACUCGCCCGUGCUCCCAUCCCCCACCACCUAUCGCAUCCUGGCGCGGUCCCUGGCCGAGAAUGGCAAGCUGGACCAGGCGAUCGAGCUCAAGGAUGGCAUGCUCGAGCGCGGCCUCGUCGCCCCUGAUACACAGGUGUAUGCCUUCAUCAUGGGUGGGUUUGUCAAUGCCGGGGAUGGUUACAGGGCCAUUUCAUUGUAUGAGGAGCUGAAGGAGAAGCUCGGUGGCGGGCCUAUUCUCGAUGGUGUGGUGUACGGGAACCUAAUGAAAGGGUAUUUCCUCAAGGGCAUGGAGAAGGAAGCCAUGGAUUGCUAUGAAGAGGUGCUUGGAGAGGGUUCCAAUGUGAGGUUUGGCGCAGUGAGUUACAACAUGGUGCUUGAUGCGCUCGGGAGGAAUGGGAGGUUGGAGGAUGCACUCAAGCUGUUUGAUAGAAUGUGCAUGGAGCAUGACCCACCCAAGACGAUUGCUGUGAACCUGGGGAGUUUUAAUGUUAUGGUUGAUGCAUAUUGCCGUGCUGAAAGGUUUCAGGAUGCGAUUGAGGUGUUUGGGAAGAUGGCUGAGAAGAGGUGUGCUCCAGAUGCACUCUCCUACAAUAAUCUGAUUGACUGGCUGGGGAAGAAUGAACUUGUUGGAGAGGCAGAGGGAUUGUAUGAGGAGAUGGCUGAGCGGGGUGUAAAACCUGAUGAGUACACCUAUGUCUUGCUCAUUGAGUCCUGCUUUAAGGUGGAUAGGGUGGAUGAUGCUGUUGGCUAUUUCAACAAGAUGUUUGAUGCUGGCCUGAGGCCCAAUGCCAAUGCAUUUAACAAAAUCAUGGGUGGCUUGGUGAAGGUUGAUAGGCUUGAUGAGGCACAGAGAUUCUUUGAUAUGAUGCCUGAAAAGGAGGUCAAGCCAAACAUUGCCAGCUAUGAGCUGCUGUUGAAGGCAUAUGUUGAUGCCGCAAGGUUGGAUGAUGCGAUAAAGAUAGCCAAGGGUACUCUGUUGGAUGAGAAUGUUGUGUUUAGUGAUGAAAUGAAAGCACUUCUGGAGGGGGCACUUGAGAAAGAGGGAAGAGAUGGGGAUAUGACAAAGUUAUAUGAAGAUGUGGAGAGGGAGAAAGCGGAGGCAGCUGAACGUGCAGCUGAAGAGAAAGCCAGAGCAGAGGCUCUUGCUAAAGAAGAAGAGGAGAGGAAGAAGGCUGAGGCAAAGGCUAAGGAAGAAGCGGCUGCUAGGGCUAGCCGAGCGGCUAUUGAGGCUGUGCUAGGUCGCAAGAGGGAAGCAGAAAACGAGGAAUCAGCUGAUGGACCGAAUGUUGAGGAGGCGGAGGUUGUUGGAUCCAAUAGUGACACCAUCGGUGUUUCUGGAGAAUAGAGUGAAGGCGAUGAGCAGAAAAAGCAAGAGUCUGUUGAAGCCUCAUCAGACUGGAGAUACAGUCGUGAUAAAGAGAAUACGGAUAGGGGAAAAGAAGGAAGGUGUCAACUUCACAGCAUUAAGGGAAAUUAAACUGCUCAAGGAGCUGAAAGAUCCUAAUAUUAUUGAGCUGAUUGAUUGCUUC